CUGCAGGUUCUCCGCCACCGCCGCGCGCAGCCAGGAAACCACGACGGACGGGCAACGCGCGCGCUCGCCCACCUCCCACCCUUUUCCCCGCCCCCUCCCGUCCUCCUCCCCAAACGACGGUGGCCGCACUGGGAGGAACAGCGCUGAACGCACGUUCGGCCGCUUGAGAGGGGAAGAGCCGGAGCGCGAGCCCGCUCGGGGGAGGCGGGCGCCGCGCGUGCGCAGAGGUGUGGUCGGGAAGGUGAGCUGAGGCUGGAGUUGGAGGCGCGGCGCGUGUGAGAUUUUUGAAUCCAGUUCAUUCAAGCUUCACAACAAUGAUGAAAAGGUAGAGACCAGUGGUAGUGCCGCCAAGAGAUGGAUGGUAUGAGUGACAGAACCAUGUGUGCUCAGUACUGCAUCUCCUUUGCUGAUGUUGAAAAAGCUCAUAUCAACAUUCGAGAUUUUAUCCACCUCACACCAAUGCUAACAAGCUCCAUUUUGAAUCAAGUAACAGGGCGCAAUCUUUUCUUCAAAUGUGAACACUUCCAGAAAACUGGAUCUUUUAAGAUUCGUGGUGCCCUUAAUGCAAUCAAAAGCUUGAUUCCUGCCACUUCAGAAGAGAAGCCCAAAGCUGUUGUUACUCACAGCAGUGGAAACCAUGGCCAGGCUCUCGCCUAUGCUGCCAAAUUGGAAGGGAUUCCUGCUUAUAUUGUGGUGCCCCAAACAGCUCCCAACUGUAAAAAACUGGCAAUACAAGCCUAUGGAGCCUCUAUAGUGUACAGUGAACAGAGUGAUGAGUCCAGACAAAAUGUUACAAAAAGAAUUAUGGAAGAAACAGAAGGCAUCAUGGUACAUCCCAACCAGGAGCCUGCAGUGAUAGCUGGGCAAGGGACAAUUGCCAUCGAAGUGCUGAACCAGGUUCCCUUAGUAGAUGCACUGGUGGUACCUGUAGGAGGAGGAGGAAUGGUUGCUGGAAUAGCAAUUACAGUCAAGGCUCUGAGACCUAGUGUGAAGGUAUAUGCUGCUGAACCCUUGAAUGCAGAUGACUGCUACCAGUCCAAACUGAAAGGGGAACUGACCCCCAAUCCCUAUCCUCCAGAAACCAUAGCAGAUGGUGUCAAAACCAGCAUUGGCUUAAACACCUGGCCUAUUAUAAGGGACCUCGUGGAUGAUGUCUUCACUGUCACAGAGGAUGAAAUUAAGUAUGCAACCCAGCUGGUAUGGGAGAGGAUGAAACUGCUUAUUGAACCUACAGCUGGUGUUGGAGUGGCUGCUGUGCUGUCUCAGCAUUUUCAAACAGUUUCCCCAGAAGUAAAGAACAUUUGUAUUGUGCUUAGUGGUGGAAAUGUAGACAUAACCUCCCUAACUUGGGUGAAGCAGGCUGCAAGGCCAGCUCCUUAUCAAUCUGUUUCUGUUUAAUUUAUGCAAAAUGAAGAGAUGGGAUUCAGUGUCUCUAG